AUGAGGGAAUGCAUCAGCCUCCACAUCGGCCAGGCGGGCGUGCAGAUCGGUAACGCCUUCUGGGAGCUCUACCGCCUCGACUACGGCAUCCAGCAGGGUGGCCAAAUGCCCAGCGACGGGCUGUCCGGCGGUAUCAACAAUUCCUUCGGCACUUUUUUUUCCUCCGAAACCGGCUCCGGUCGUUAUGUUCUGUGCGCGGUGUUCAUCGAUCUCGAGCCCACCGUUGUCGACGAGGUGCGCUCAGGCGCCUACCUCCAGCUCUUCCACUCGGAGCGGGUAAUUACUGGCAAGGAGGACGCUGCCAACAAUUACGCGCGUUGUCAUUGCACUAUCGGCAAGGAGAUCAUCGACGUAGUCCUUGACCGCAUCCGGAAGCUGGCGGACAUGUGCAUGGGUCUACAGGGCUUCCUCGUAUUCCACAGCUUAGGCGGUGGUACUGGCUCCGGAUUGAGCUCGCUUCUUAUGGGGCGCCUUUCGGUCGACUACAGGAAAAAGUGCUAG